AUGGUGGCCAACGGUCACCCGGACCGCUUCCCCACGCGCCGCGAGCUGCUCGCCGCCGGCCGGCACGACCUCGUGGCGGCGUGCCUGGCGGACGGCGGUUGGCUCAGCGCCGGCUGGGACGUGGGGGACGCGGGGGACGCGGGGACGGCGGAUGCGGGGACCGGGGAUGGGGUAAAGGGGGAUGCGCAGAAGGGGAAUACAGGGAAGGGGAAUGCGGGAGAAAAUGCAAGUGGAUGGGGGAUAACAGAGGCUAGUGGAAGACGUGGGAAUGGCAGGGAGGGUCAACCGGGUCAACGGGCUGCAAGUCAACUGAGUAGCUCGGGUCAACGGAGUCAACGGCAGGUGGAAACGGUGGAUGACGGAGUGGACUCGGAGUCAGGGUUUUGGUCCGCCAUGCUCUCCCCACCCUCCCCGCCCAUCCCCCCGCCCUCUCCGCGCCGCCCUUCCCCAGGAGCUGAUAGUAGAGGGAAGGGUUGGGCAGAAGGGGGAAGCGGGGAAGAGGGUGCCACGCCAAGAGGGGUUGGAGGAGGAAUGGGGUCAGUGUCAGGGGGAGGCGUGGGGAGGCCGGACGGGAGAAGCGCAGGUAGCGUGAUGCAAGGAGCAACGAGUGGGGCGACGAGUGGGGGAACGAGUGGGGGAAGGAGCGGGGCAGGGGCAGGAGCAGCGAACUGGCGAGCGGAUGUGAUGCCGGGGCUUGACACGCCCCCACAGCCCACAUCCCAAUUAUACCCAUCUGCCCGUGCUCCUGCUCCUGCUCCUCCUUCUGCUCGUGUUCCUGCUCCUGCUCCUCCUUCUGCCCGUGUUCCUGCUUCUGCUCCUGCCCGUGUUCCUGCUCCUGCUCCCGCCUCUGCUCCACCGCCUGCCGCUCCCCCUCCCCGUCCCUCUGCCUUGGAUCCUUCGUACAGGUUCACCCCCGCCGCUGCCCCUCCCUUCUCCUCGCGUAAUUCGUUUCCAGAGCCUCUAUCCUGGGCGCUCGAGGCUUCUCACGAGGACGCGUCCUCUUCGUCAGAGGAGGAAGAAGUAUUGUCAGCUGGGGAGGGCUGGUCAGAGGGGGAGGGGGGAAGCAGCAGCGAGUGGGAGGAAUUCUCGUCGUCAUCAGAGGAUGAUUCCGGUUCAGACGAGGGCAGAGGUUCCACCGCACAGAGGGAAGGAGGCUUAGCGUCAGGCCCAGCGUCAGGCUUGCCCUCAGCGUCAGGCUUGCCCUCAGCGUCAGGCUUGCCCUCAGCGUCAGGCUUGCCCUCAGGGUCAGGCACAGGGUCAGGCUCAGAUGGGGAAGCGAGGGCGUUUACAAGCGGAGAGGGGAGCGCGUCUGAAAGCGGGGGAACGAGCACCUCAGGGUCGGACGGCGAGGGGAAGGUGUCUUCAAGUGUGGUGCAGGGCGCGCAGAUGCGCCUGUCCGCGCUCUUCCAGCAGCUGGGACUGCCCGCCAUCCAUUCCGGUGCAGGGGCUCUGGGUUAUGCCGCUGCCGGCUCUCCCGUUGACCCUGGUGCAAGCGUGCCAAGCAGUGCGCGUGGGGGGCAGGAGAGGGGGUACGGGGUUCAGGGGAGCAAGCGUGGGGGCGAUGGGAGCAGGCAGCAGGACAGGGUGCGGGGCGGGGAGGAGAGUGGGAGCGAGAGUGAGGGCGUGAGUGAUGGUGAGGGUAGUGGAGGCGAGGAAGGGGAGGGGAGGGGUGGGAGGGAGAAGGGUGCUAGUGACCGGGGGGCAAGCAGGGCGCGGAGGGGGGGUGGGAGGAGGGGGUAUGGGAGUGGUGGAGAGGAGGGGGAGAAGCGGAAGAGGAGGAGGAGAAGGCGGCCGAGUGGGAAGAGGAGGAAAGUGGAAGAGGAGACUCUCCCUCUCGAGUACGUCCCUGCUGCACUGCGGCAGCAGCUGCAGGCGUUCUCAGCGGCAGCGGGGCAGGCAGGCAUCAUGCCGACACAGGAGCAGCUGAGACAAGCGGGGCGGGGGGACCUGGCAGCCGCACUCAGGCAACUGGCGAGGGAGCAGGCGGGGGGAGGGGCAUGGCGGGACGGGGAGGGGCGUGCAAAGGAGGGAGAGGAGGGGGUGCAAUGGUGGCGGAAGGGGGCGGAGGAGACGGCGGUUAUGGGGAUGGGGCCUGGGCAGGAAAUGCAGGGGAUUGAGGGGAUGGGGGGCAUGGGGAGAGUGGGCGGAGGAGGGAGGGGUGAGGCAGUACCAGCAGCAGGGCAGAGAGCAACACAGGGCGCAGGAGGGGGAAAAGGGGGAGGUGGGGAUGCGGUGGGGAGGGGCAUGGGGUGGAGUGCGGUGGCGAGGCUGAUGGGGCUGGGCAGGCGGAGGAGGGGGCGGGCAGCAGGGGGGGCGGAGGGGAAGGGAGGGGGAGCGGAUGAGGGCGAGGGUGGUAGUGAGGGGGGCGGUGUGGCAGGAGCUGUACCGGAGGAGUCAGUGGUUAUGAGCAGUCCUGUUAAGCCGCGGAGGCCAGUUGGUCGCCCUAGAAAGAACCCUCCAGCAAACCAGGGGCGAGCAGAGGAGGCAGGGAGGGGAGCAGUACAGGAGCCUGGUGUGGGGCUAAGCAUUGGAGGAGGGGGCGUUGAGGGGGCCACGGGGAAGGAUGAGGGGGAGAAGGGGAGCAGAGAGGAGGCAGAGGAGGAGGAGAAGAGGAGGAGAGUGGGUGAUGGGGGUGUGGGGGUAGGGAUUGUGUUGGAAGGGAGAGUGGGGGAGGGGAGUGUGGGAGAGGGGAGGGUGGGGGGAGCGAGGGUGAUCGAGGGGAGUGUGGGGAAUUUGGACGGCUUUGAUGCAGCACUGAGUGCCAGCCUGGCGAAUCUGAUGGCGUUCAGAAAGAGGCUGGAGGGGUUGGAGGCUGGUGCUGGCAGCAUAGCUGCUGUUGCAGGGACUGGUGCAGGGACUGGUGCAGGGGCAGGCACAGCUGCAGGGAUUGCUUCAGGGACAGCUGUAGGGACAGCUGCGGGGAGUGGUGCAGCUCAAGAGCCCUCACAGGACCAGAUAACGCCUCCCUCUCCCCAAGCUGAGAUAGCGCCUUCUUCUCCUCAAUCCCAGAUAACACCUCCCCCACCUCUUCCCCAGAUAGCAGUUGGUGCUCAAGACGAGGUGGCACCUUCCCCAGAUGGACCUGGCGUGAGGAAGAGGAGGCGGAGGGUGGGAAGGAAAGGGAGCGAGGGUGAGGUGGGGAGGAGAGGCAGUGCAGGGAUGGGUGCUGAUGGGGCUAAUGCACCCACUGCUGAUUCUUUCACUGGGACUGGCGCUGCUGCUAGUGUGGGUACUGAUGCUCUUGGCGGUGGGUCUGCUGCUGUUGAUCUUCCAGGGGUUGGUACUGAUGAUGAGGAUGCGUCUGCUUCAGCUGCAGCCGUGCUGUCACGGCUUGUGGGUGCGUUCCCCCCAUCCCCAUCCGCUUCCUCCUCGGCUCGCGGCUCCGCCUCUUCUGCUGUAGAGGUGCCAGGAACCACAGCGGGGGCGGCAGCAGAAGAAGACGCAGCACGUGAGGCACCAGCACCACCCCCUCCAGCAGCAGCAGCAGCGGCAGAUGCAGACAAGACAGGGCGUUCACCAACAGACUCGCAACGGCCAUCAGAAAACAGACCACAGAGCAAGGAACCUUCCUCACCUCCAGUGCGCAAGUUCCGGUUACCACCUCCCCCUGCUUCGCCAGUUGAGCCUCCCCCAGCUGCUGCCUUCCUCAGGCGCGACCCGGAUGAGCUGGCAGGCGUGACGGGGCGCAUCCGAUCUCUCGAGCAAUCGCUGGCUGCCACGCGUGCGGCGCUGAGGCAGGGGAGGGAGGCGCUGAGUCGGCGAGAUGCUGAGCUGGAACAGAUGCUCAGUCGCACAUUGGGCGAGCUGCUGCGGCUGACAGACUCACUGGAGUUCAGAGAGAGUGAGGUGCUGCUCUUUCCACCUAGCCUCAACCUUCCCACCCACUCCCUUCCCUGCUCUAUCCUUCCCCACCACACCACACCACUGCGCCUCCCCCCCGUAAAACAUGAUCAGAUGCGCAGUCGCACAAUGGGCGAGCUGCUGCGGCUGACAGACUCACUAGAGUUCCGAGAGAGUGAGAUGCUGCGCACGCGAGCCGAGCUGCGCUCCACGCGUGCCGAGGGGGCUGAGAUGGAGAGUGAGAUGGUGCACACGCGAGCAGAGCUGUGGUCCAUGCGCGCCGAGGUGUCUGCUCUCGAAGGCAUAUUCGCUGCGGAGUUCAGGGAGACAAGGUGCGUGUUGGAGGAGAAGGAUCAGCAGCUGGGGGAGCUGCAGGUGGUGCAUGUGCAGCUGACCCCCACUCGAGUGGUGGAGACGAGGCGCGUGUUGGAGGAGAAGGAUCAGCAGCUGGGGGAGCUGCAGGUGGCAUACGUGCAGCUGAGGCCCACUCGGGUAGUGUGGCCCAACCCCGGGAAUGAAGUGCUGCUCACCGGUUCCUUCAAUGGAUGGACCAACCGGUGCUUCUCACUGGCUCCUCUAAUGGCUGGACCAAACGGGUAUGCAUGGCCCACACGAGUGGUGUGGCCCAACCCCGGCAAUGAAGUGCUUCUCACUGGCUCCUCUAAUGGCUGGACCAACCGGAUCAAGAUGGUCAAGUCAAAUGCGGGGGUGUUCGUAACAACUCUUCAUCUGUACCCUGGACAGUAUGAGGUCAAAUUUAUCGUGGAUGGAAAUUGGAAGGUUGAUCCACGCAGGGCCAUCGUUUACACACCAAGCGGCCAUGAAAACAACCUUCUAGUGGUCACGUAG